AUGAGUAGAGCACUUCUGCUUUUGACUGUUGUUGCCACUGUGGCCGCCAUUGAUCCCGUAUUUGUCGCCGAACUCAAAGAAUUAGUGCGUGACGAGGUGAACAAAGGAAAACUGACUGCUCUAGAAAACGAUCAGGAUAUGAUUCGGUAAUU